AUGGGAACCCCAGAGACCUCGCGCGAACCCUGCCCAGAUCGCAUACUCGACGACAUCGGCGGUGCCUUCGGCAUGGGCGCCGUCGGGGGCUCAGCCUUCCACUUCCUCAAAGGCAUCUACAGCUCGCCCAAGGGCGCUCGCCUUGUCGGCGGAUCUCAGGCCGUGCGCAUGAACGCUCCCCGGAUCGGCGGCAGCUUCGCCGUCUGGGGAGGCCUCUUCUCCACUUUCGAUUGCUCCAUGGUUUAUCUGAGGCAGAAGGAAGAUCCGUGGAAUUCCAUCAUCGCCGGCGCCGCCACAGGCGGAUUCCUCCAGAUGCGGCAAGGUAUGGGCGCCGCGUCGCGCUCGGCUCUCUUUGGCGGGGUGCUGUUGGCGCUGAUCGAGGGCGCAGGGAUAAUGUUGAAUAAGGUCAUGAGCGCCCAGCAGGAGGCGCCGAUUUUCGUCGAGGAUCUUCCCGGUGGCGCCCAGGGGAUCCCUCAGGAGGCGGCGGCGCCUCCAUCUUCAUCGUCCUGGUUUGGGGGUUUCUUUGGCUUCCGCAAGGAAGAUGAGAGUAAGAGCAGCGGUGGUGUGGUUAAGACGGAGGUUCUGGAGAGUUUUGACUCGCCGAUACCACCAACUUUCGAGUUCAAGUGA